UUAAUACAUAUUAAGGGGUGUUUGAAUUAUUUUGGGAGUAACAGUUUGCUGACUUUCAAAUAUUAUCUGGCUUUUUGUUGACACAGGGUCACCACAUGGAGAAUGGGAAGGAUCUUCACAGGGGACUGGUAUCACUAUGUGCGAUAGCAUAGUGAGUUCUGUUCAAUGAACACAUGGAACUGCCAGUGGUCCUCCUCUCGGUUGUUGCAGCGGUGUGUGGGUGUGGCGUGCCCAGCUACCUGCCGUACGUCAGCCGUGUGGUGGAGGGCGAAGAGGCCCGUCCAUACAGCUGGCCAUGGCAAAUUUCUUUGGAGUCCUUCUUCCCCACUUGUGGAGGAACACUCAUUGUACCGAACUGGGUCUUGACUGCUGCCCACUGCAUCACAUUCCACACGUACAGGGUCGUUCUGGCAGAGCAUGACCUCAACAUGGAAGAGGGACCUGAACAGUCCAUUAUGGUGGAUAAAAUGUUGGUUCAUCCCAAAUGGAAUAAAAACUGUGUGUCUUGCGGGAACGACAUCGCCUUGCUGAAGCUGCAGAAGAGCGCCACCAUCAGUGAUAAGGUGCAGUUGGCUUGUCUGCCGGAGCACGGAGCCACUCUUGCCCACAACCAGCCUUGUUACGUGACAGGUUGGGGUCGUCUCUACUCUGGUGGUCCCCAAGCAAACACGCUGCAGCAGGCUCUACUUCCUGUGGUGGAUCACAGUGUCUGUAGUCAAAGUGAGUGGUGGGGCAGCUCAGCAAAGACAACAAUGGUGUGUGCAGGGGGAGGCAGCCAGUCAGCAUGCCACGGUGACUCUGGAGGCCCCCUGAACUGUAAAGGCGAGGAUGGUAGAUGGUACGUUCAAGGGGUGACCAGCUUUGUGGACGGACGAGGCUGUAACACUCCUCAGAAGCCCACGGUCUUCACCCGCGUGGCCUCUUUCAUUCCUUGGAUCAGCGAGACAAUGGCCCAAAACUGAAAAGCUCUUAUGUUGUAAACAAAAUGCGACUAAUUAAAUGACAGAAGGAAAUACUGACAAUAUUGCAAUCUUGUACCUUUGAAUAAAAUACAGAUAUUGAAAAUC